AAACGUGUUUAUAAACUCUAAACCAUAAACUAAUCCUCAUAUCCAAAAAUUUCAAGCUAAAGACAUGGCCGCAUCAAAAACUACAAUCUUCAUCGUUUUUGUUCUUUGUCUUUCAUGCACAUUGGUGGUGAAUAUCUCUGGAAUUCAAGCCACUGCACCAAGCUCGACAUCAAAAGAGAGCCUAACAGCCGAGAUUGAGCUGACCAAUGGGGAGCGAUGCAAGACGGAUAAUGAUUGCCCCCAAUCCCAUCCAUGCCCUAAAGAAUUUUAUUAUGCUUGCCUUCUAGGAGAAUGUACUUGUAUCGCUAUUUGAGGAAGCGCUCGAACGCAUAAUCG